GAGUAACUCGCGGACGGGGACGCUCGUUCAUUUAAACCGUGUUUGUGAGGGAUCAGCACGUGCUCUGGACCUCGACCAAAAACAAUAUGUCUCUACAUGAAAAUGCAUCAGUGAAGCCUCCUGUGGAGAGAUCAGCGGCUGAGAACAAACAGACUGACAGACUGUAUCCAUCACUGCCUAGUGUCAACAGGUAUGAUGCUUUUAUGGCGGAUCGCUCCGUUGAAGAAAAGCUCAAUCCAGCGGCAGUUUUCCAUUCUGGUAGUCUCCCAGGAAACACCCAGUUUGAUGCAUCAGUGGGCAGCAGUGAGGCCGGAUGGAAAGCAAAGAUUCUUAUUUUGGAGGAGCAAAAACAAGAGCUUCUUUCUAUUAAUGAGAAAUGGGCUAAAGAGUACCGCACCAUGAGGCAGUAUUACAAAGAGAAGGUUCAAGAUUUAAAAGCAUUACUGCAACACGACUACAGCCAGUUUGAGGAGGAGCUGUGUGAAAGAGGAGACAGGAACACCAAGUUAAAAUUCAAGACACUCGAGACUAACAAGAGCACGUUGACUGGUGAUGCUGACAUCAGCUCUGAGCUACUGAGAGCAGAAAAGGAGGCCAAGGAGCUACGAGAGCAAAACAACACUUUGACCAGAAGAGGGCAGCAUCAGAAUGAGGAGAUUAAGAGACUGCACAAGGCCCUGGAGGAGGCACUUCAGAAAACACAACCUCUAGAAAUGAGCCCUGAAACACUACAUGAAGUCUGGAAACAUCAGGCUGAAGUCUACAAAGAAGACUUCCUGAAGGAGCGGAAGGACAGGGAGAAGCUAAAGGAGAAAUACUGGGAUCUAGAGAAGAAGUAUAGAAAAGUUUACAGAGAGCUGCAUGUCUUCAAAUCUCAGGCGACACAGACGCCACAGCAGGAACCUGAAUGUCACUGCACAACUCCACCAAAGUGUCCAAACUGGGAGGUCCAACACAUCAACAAGCACCAUAUGGUGCUACAAAGGCGUUAAAAUGGACUGUGAAAUUUAACCGCCUCU